UUUUUUUUUUUUCCUUCUGAAAACCAUCCCGCCCCGCCGGGAAGGGGCGUGUUGAUGUGACGUCCCGUCCCGUCCCGUCCCGUGACGCCAUCGCUCCCCGCCGCUGUGCGACGUGGCCUUCGCCCGGCAGCGCCAGCGGUGAUCAUGGAUCAGGUAAUGCAAUUUGUGGAACCCAGACGCCAGUUUGUCAAAGACUCCAUACGGCUCGUCAAGAGAUGCACCAAGCCUGACAGGAAAUAGUUCCAGAAGAUUGCCAUGGCAACAGCAAUAGGCUUUGCGAUAAUGGGAUUUAUUAGUUUCUUUGUCAAAUUGGUCCAUAUCCCAAUCAACAAUAUCAUUGUAGGCGGCUGAAUAUUCAUCAUGAAGGAGGAGACACUGUGACACUUGCUGCAAAGAUUUCACAGCUUUGUAACUGGUUUGCUUAUUAAAGAAGCUCAGUUUGGAUUUUCAAA